AUGAUAAGAUCCUGUAGCAGUUUCGUUUUGGCUACUAUUAUUCUGGUAAUACUACUGGCCGACCAAUCUGCCAGCGAACCAGAUUCAGAACCCUUCACACCCCGGGAAGCUCACCACCUUGGUCUAUUUCAUCCUUAUCAGGAGAAAAUUCCAAGACACUGUUGGGCCCCACCACGUGAUAUAGACCCAUAUAAAUGCUGUCCAAUACCCAGACUAUAUUCUGAUGAGGUGUUGUCAAGUUGUGGCGUUGAAAAAAAUGAAGAAAAUGAUACUAGCGCUGUAGAUCGUCACAAUCGACGUCGAAAAGAACCCUGUGAAGACGGCAAAUGUCUGAUGGAAAACUCUGACCUGUUACUUGCAAAUAAAAGCGUUGAUUACGCAAAGCUUAGGGUCUACUUAAAUAAAUGGGCAGUUGAUAAUCCCGAAUUCACGGAUGCUAUUUUGGCAGCAAUUCCAAUAUGUGCCAAAGAUGGAGGAUCAAGUGAACCAAUUUGUGAACACGAUAGAGUGUUUUUCUGUAUGAUUGCAAAUAUUUUGUGGAACUGCAAACUUCGAGAUGAAGAAGGUUGCCAGAUCCUGAGAGAACACAUGGAUGAGUGCAAGCCUCACUACAUGAAACCAAAAGACCAAGAAGAAGAAGAAGAACGCCUACAACAAGAGAAACAACAAGAAAAAUCUGAACAAAACAGCUAA